AUGACAGAUCCUCUCUUGGACGUACUCACUGUGCUUCUAUUUUGGUCAAGGACGGGGGAGAACAGACAGCUGUUGUCUUGUGGUAUGCCACGGCCGGUAGCUUCGGAAAAGGCUGCGGCUGCCUUAAAGGAGCAGAAGUCAAAUAUAGAAUGUAAUGAAGGGGAUAACAAAGUCUACGCAUUUCGUCUAUUGAAGACUUUAUCAAGACAGAUGUUACCACUUAGUGUCCCAUGUCUUAAAUCCCCCUCGGAAAACGGUGAGUGCAUCCGAGAGACGACCUGUCAUCACCCUGCACUCAUCAUGUCCCGCAUCACAGGCAAGGGCAGAGGGGUUGAGCUCACUGUUUUACUCCUCUGA